AGGGGAAGGCCACAUCCGUUGCCUCUUCUUGUCGCCCGUGAGUCGAGACAUGCUCGAUCAUUCACCUUCUUCCCCGAUCCGAUCCCCAAAUCUCAUUUUGGUUUUUUGCUUCUUUUCAAAAGCACUGCAACCCAGACGAACUACAGGGGUUUAUCCAACCCAAGGAUUACCUAACGCCGUUCUCUCCGUGGAUCUCCUGUCCAAACAAAUUGAAAAAAAGCACCAUGGCUUCGGGUUUCAGCGGCGAUGAAACUGCCCCCUUCUUCGGCUUCCUCGGAGCUGCCGCGGCUCUCGUAUUCUCUUGCAUGGGUGCCGCCUAUGGGACCGCAAAAAGUGGGGUAGGAGUUGCCUCCAUGGGAGUCAUGCGGCCUGAACUUGUCAUGAAGUCUAUUGUACCCGUGGUUAUGGCUGGAGUUUUGGGAAUUUAUGGGUUGAUCAUAGCUGUUAUCAUCAGUACUGGUAUAAACCCAAAAGCAAAAUCGUACUAUCUCUUUGAUGGGUAUGCACACCUGUCCUCGGGUCUUGCUUGUGGGCUUGCUGGCCUCUCUGCUGGAAUGGCUAUUGGAAUUGUUGGUGAUGCUGGUGUUCGCGCUAAUGCUCAACAGCCUAAGCUGUUUGUGGGUAUGAUUCUCAUUCUUAUCUUUGCGGAAGCUCUUGCUCUAUAUGGUCUCAUUGUGGGGAUCAUUCUAUCAUCCCGAGCUGGCCAAUCUCGGGCAGAAUGAAGAGAGCUAAAAAUUCUUGUUCGUGAUAUCUUCUAUUUGAUAUACAACUGGCUGGACUUGUAUCAUUGCUCAUCGAGUGUGAGUUAUAUGGACCAUUUUCUUGUUAUUAUAUUUCUCAAGCUCCACCUGCUUGAUGGAUGAACUCUUGUAUGGGGUGGAUUUAUAGAUAGCAUUAUGAAAUCUGUAUUAUUUUCUUAGCGGAGUUUCCUGUACCCUUCUUGAUGUCUUGCGUGAUGAUGGUGUAUUUACUCAAAUUAUCUUUAUGUGCUUACUCAAUACAACUGGCUUUAAGUUGUGCAGC